AUGUCGUACGCGCCGCAGGCCAUUCACUCCAAUCUGUCCCGGCCGCACCCCACCGACUCGAGGUUGCUCCAAAACCUCAUCAAGGGCGAAAAGAGCUACAUCGAUAACCUCGCCGCUUCGUCCAUCUCUGCUUAUGCAGCUGCCAGUGCGCUCGCAGCCUGGGGAACCUCGGAAGCUCCGGAUAUCUCGAAAGCAGCCCAAGCGCUCUCCGAGAUCCUCGGAACCGUGGCAGAUGCCCAGCGUACUCACGUUCAAGCUCUCGAAGGCUACCGCAGCGCGCUCAAAGAUGUGCUCGAUCGCGAACAGAGCAUUCGAUCCGUCGUACGCGACCGCGAUAUCCUCGUCGGCCGCCUCAUCAAGGCUAGCAAGAAGAAAGUAUCCAAGAAGGAUUCAGGCGUCAGCCAAGAGGACAAGAUGGACAAGGUCAAUGCAGCUCAGCGCGAAUUGCACGCAUGCGAACAGGUGCUUGCCAGCGAAGAAGCCGCUCUGGUAGGUGUCAAGCGACGCACCUUCAAAGAAGCGCUCACCAUGCGCAUGAAAACCAUGGGUGACGCCGGUGCUGCCACUGUUGAAGCAGCCAAGGAGGCGAUUCUGCUGCUCGACGAUUUUGACACCCACGGUCCCUUGCUCCAGGCCACUGGCGGCGGUCAGUACGAAAGCAUGUACGCUGAUGCGGGCAUCGAGACGGGCGCUUACGACAACCAGGCGCUCGAACAAGGCUACUACGCCGCUCAGCAGAAUGGCGCACCCGGCUUACCCCCGCAGAACGCCUACGCCGACGAAUAUGGCCUUCACGGCUCCCCUGUCGCUGGCGACGGCGCCAAUCUCACCCGUGACGAACAAGGUCAAUUCCACAAGCAUCUUCAAGGUCACGCCCAUCGUCAUCCACAGCAUUUCGACGGAGCAUCCGUCACGCCAUCCCAAUCCGCAAGCCAGGUCAUCGAUCACGACCGCUCGCACAUCCCACUCGGCCAGCGCUACACUUCGCACUUUGAAGACGUCGAGGAGCACGACGGUGUGCCUUCGGACACCGAUAGCGAAGAAGACUAUCGCCGUGCGUUCAUCGAGCCUCGUUUACGUAUGCCUGCUCCGCAUGAACUCGGCGUAGCAGCAGACACGCACGACUCCUUCAUCCCCCAAGCGCCUGUCAACGGUUCCGCGCCUCCCCCUCCGCCGCGCAAGGACGACGACGCUGCCGGGCGUGUGCCCAUGCCUGCCGUGCCCACUGCACCUCGAUUCGAUGUCAAUCACGUUCGCGGUCACAGCCAGGACACCAGCACCGACAAGGGCUUCAACCCCGCCAACGCCCAAUCCUGGAGCAGCCAGCAAGGUGGGGGUGCCCCGUACAGCCCUCCGCGGUACUCCAUGUCACGACGCAGCAUCGAUUCCGAAGGUGGCUAUGGCCACCAGCGAAAGUCGAGCAACUCGCUCAUCGGAAAGAUGAGCCGCCUCUUCAAAACUGACAUCCGCAACGGCGCCCUCGCUGAGGACGAAUCACACAGCGGCGGCGGCGGCUGGAACACUCGUACGUCGGCCAACGUCGAGCAAGAGAACGAGCGACGCCGUUUCACCUCACUUCGACGUGCAGAGCCCGACAGCUCAGACGAAGAGGACGAGCGUGAGGUCUUCCGCAACGUCAACCAACAGCGUCCAGGCUGGGAGGCGAAUGCCAACAGCGAUGUCGGCGGUAAGAAGCCCAUCUCUCGCAUCUUGCCCGGUCCAAAGAGCAAUCGAGUCCACGAAGCAGAGCAAGCCGAGAUCGAGCGCAUCCGCGCUUCGGUCGUCGGCGGCGGCAUUGGCGGCGCCACCCCCAACAAGCCUAUUGACAGAGCUGACAGCACAACUACUGCCACCAAGAAAAAGAAGAAGAAACGUCCUCAGGCCGGUAGCGAGGUUGGUACUGCCCCCACGCGCCCUUCGGCCAGCUACACUGUCUCAGGCGAUCUUUCGUCUCUGCAUGGCAACGUGGCAGCCGCUGACACGAGUGCUCGUCCAGCUCUCUCGCGCAGCUCCACCCUGAAAUCCACCAGCUCCAAGAAGAAGAAUCGCGCUAGCAUCGCCAGCACCGGUCUUGUCGGUGGCAACAUUUUCAACCCCAAUGCCGGCAAGUACGGUGCCGACUCGUGGAUCAAAAAACCAGCAAGUCAGAUGACCGCUUACGAAGCGGUGGCCAUGGCGGGUGUCGUUCCUAAAACGGCCGCCCCCAAGGAAAAGCCGGCUGCCACUACGCCAGCAGCAGCAUCAACUGCUCCCCCUUCGCUGGCGCCCCUUCCAGCUACUCCUGCCGCUGGAAACACUUCGCGCCCCCCUUCAGUCAUGUCGUCGGCUAGCCAAAAGCCGCCGCUCAAGUCGGCACUCAAGACCCCAGCUCUCAGCCGUAGCAACAGCACCGCCAGUGCCAAAGCGACCCCCCUGUCGCCCACAAAGAAGUCGGCCGCUACUCUUCCCACAGCAACGCUGGGUACCCCGGGAGCUCCGAUCAAAUCUGCACUCCGCCAUGAUAUUACUCAGAGUAUCAGAGCUGAGCCUACCCCUCAACCCAAGAUGGGGCCCAUCCCGAAGGCACCAGCGCCCGUCACCUCGACACCUCUUCCAGAGACUGUAGCUCCGUCGAAGCCUGCUGUGGAAGAGCAGAGGGCAGCAACAGCAGCCGCUGCUCAGGCACCUGCAGCUUCGCAGCCCGCCGUGAAACAGCCGUCGAUCACGGCAAAGGUCGCCGCCCCGGUUGAAACCGCUGGGACAGUCAGAUCAGCAGCGCCACAGUCGGUGCUCAGCAUCGAAGAGGAUAAAGGCUUUGACGGCACUGGCCGACUUGACGUUCCUGUCGGUGCUGGUGAGGCACAAAGUGCCGUACAGGAUGCAAAGUCCAUCGCCCUGCAGCCCAAGGUGGCUAUGCCCAAGCUUGAGAUGCCAAGCUCCGAACCGUUCUCGGUCUCGUUUGACGGCUCACGCCGCGGCUCCGCUGUGACGAAUGAAAGCGCUGCUGACGAAGUAUUUUUGACGCCAGGCGCCGAGCAAACGUACAAAGCCUUUAUUCAAGAGCACGGCCAGUCUCCGUCGAUCGAAAGAUCUGCCAAUGCCACGCCUCUUGGAGUCAAGCAAGCCGACGGUGUCGCCAGGUUGACGGAUCGCAAGGUCAAAAUCGAGCCUAGCCGUGUCUAUGGUACAGGUGCGCCCGAGGUGAGCGACACUUCUUCCGAAGAAGCUUCGCCCAUCAAGCCUUCUUACGACGCCGAGGAAGGGGCACAGAAGGCUUUGCAAGUACAAGCCUCCUCGGCUCUAGCUGAUCCCACGCAUCAGCCUGAUGCAAGCUUGCAAGGCCUCUCUGGCACCCCUGUCGCCGGCGCUGCACCUGCUCUGGCGGUGGCGUCGCUUUCCCCGAUGAAAGCGAACAAUGCCUCCUCGUUGGCCAUGGCAAAGGCGCCCAGCGACAAUGGCAGCGUGGUCAGCCGCCGAAAGAGCGUUCGCAUGGCGCCCGAUGUCAAGCUUCCUCCUGACACGCCAACCGAUGUAGAGACGCCCCGCGGCACCGAACACAGUGGCAAAGAUCCAAUCGCUGCUCGCGGCUCACAGCUAAGCAGCCGCAUUGCUCCUCCUCCUCCGGCGCCGGCCAAGGCAACUAAGGAAGCUGGCCCUAUUGAUCUUGGCGGUGGCCGACAGACGACGAGCUGGACCAGCCGUGUUCGUGAUACGGUGGACAGCAGCAGCGACGAGGAGGAUGCCGACGACGACGGCUAUUCGAGCGCACGUAAGGCGUUCGGGUCUGCUAGUCGAGAUUGGGCGGAAGCAAUGGGAACUGUCAAGCCAAAGACGAAAAAGACGGCCGGUGAUACUGGCUCGGUGCGAUCAGCAUCCAAGAAGACGUCAGCUGCCAAGGCAAGUGCAUCCAGCAAUGCUGCGGCUACCGUUGCUCCUGUGGCUCCGCCACCCUCGAUCGGAUACGUGCCUACAGCACCAGGCCCGAUCUCAUCGACGCUGUACACUGCCAAAGCACCAGGGUCGUCGGUAGGCGUCGGAGCGAGCCAAGCAGUACCAUCUACGUCGAUGUACUCGGUGACUGCGCCUGAUUCUGUGGUCAGUGGAAGCGCUCUUCCAUCGGGUGCUCCGACUGCUGCGAGUGCAGCUCCUGUUGCCAACACACCGACUGGCACUCGAGCUGGCGCUACCGCUGCUACCGUCCCUGCGCCGCUCACAGCAUCGAACCUCAAUGCUCUAGACAGCAAGGACCGGCCAGAAAUGCCGCCGGUCCCCGUCGCUCCACCCGCACAAGGCCAGACCACCAUCAGCGUCCCCACCGCUCCACCCCCGGCCAUCUCUGGUAAGGCGGCCAGCUCCGUCAGCAAGAGCGGCUUCUUCCGCAGAUUCAAGCGCAACAAGUAA